UUCUCUCAACUCUCAUUCUUCUCGCUCACGCUUUCUACUUCCGUCUCUUCUUGUUUUCUCAAUCUGCUGUUAUAGAUAAUAGCAAAAACGUUCUCAAUACGCAAACGUGAGGCGAUGAUUAUUCUGAUUCAAACUUUGCUCUUGGUUUCUUUUGCCUGAAUAUAGAUCGAUUUAUUCUGAAUGAGGGCAAAGAUAAUCUGCUUCCUCCUGACUGCCGAGUUCACAGUCUCCAAAAACUUACAAGAGAUAAUAAGUGGCUGACGCCACUGGCGUGAACCUCACUAGAAUACUGGCCUUUCAAGAACAAGCCAUCAAUAUUGAAGGAUCACCCUUCUCCAACUCUUGAAUACAAAUAAUCCAAGCACUUGCGAGAUAUUCCUCAGAGACCCAGAAGAUAUUAGCUCUUCCUUAUCUCAUAGACGACUUCUCAUUAAAUUGCUAUAUUGGGGUAGCAGUAAUAUUCUUUUCCUUGCCCUUGAAGACGCUGCAGGUUUUUGGAGUUACUUAGACGGCUCUAUUUCAUUAGACGAUAAGGAGAAGGACCUGAUUACCACUGCUUAAGUGCAGCUAGGCACAUUUCGGGUUCCCUCUCGAUUCUCCUUUUCAGGACUUCUGAUUCUGGGGUACAGGCCAAGAGAGAGGAAAAGAGGAAAAACGUAGAGAUUGAAAGUAAUUUCUUUAUUCAACUAGCUCAACAUAGUACACGUUAAAUCUAAUGAGAAGUCGUCUUUGAGAUAGAUCUAAUACCUCAAUGGCAGAGCAGGAGAGCUGCAUUUACAGCAGUACCCUCAUCAAUGCCUUCCGUGCUGCAUUCAAGUUUUCACACCUUACUGUUGGUCUACAAUAGCACUUUGAUUGACUGAUUGAGGGGACUGAAAUUUCAGAAGCUAUCAUAUCGGUGGCUGCAUUAUAUGCAUGCAUAAUGCCGAACUACCAAAGAAAGAGGAAGAGAUCUCACAGUUGGCCUCUAUCAUUCGGCGAAGAUCACCCAUCAAGCUUCUUUCCUACGGACGAGAUGAGCUCUUCAACCACUUCAGCAAUCAAAGCACACUGGGAGCAACGUCACGUAGCCCAGUUGAUGGAGUCGAUACAUGAAAUCAUCACAGGGGAUGGAGGUGUAUGGAAAAACCCUGGCUUCAAGACAAUAUCAGAUAAGCUCAAUGAAAGAUGUGAGAGCUAUUUUUCUCCUAAGCAAGUGGAGUACAAGCUGAGGCACCUAAAGGACCAGUAUGCAGAACAUCGUGAAGAGCCCCAAUAUUUUAUCAAGCUAUUCGGCUUUGAUACCGGAAGACUCUGUCUUGAUGUACUGCCAGUGGUGUGCUGUAAAUCCAUCUCCUCUACUUGUGAUCAACAAGUACUUCCUCGGAUGAGGGAUGCCCUAGCUUCCAUGGUUGAACUUUCUAGAAGACUGUCUAGCUUGGAGCUAGAUAAGACGCAUCCUCAUCUUUUUGCUUUUGCAGCAUCCCAUCUUGAUGAGCCUGAAUUCCAACUCCAAUUGUCAAUGGUCGUUAACAACAAAGAUAUUACAUGUGACUUUCUUAGGCGUCGGAUGAGGAGGGCUGAUGGAAGACUUGUUGAUGAUCAUGUUACGAGGGGUUCCGGUGUUGAUUCCCAGGGGAAGUUGCCCGAGGCUUGAGUUUCACUUUCCACUUUGUAUAGCCUCCUUUUUGUUGAGAUUACAGAAUAUGUUGUUAGUCAUUCUAUGUUUCUUUAACUAC